GACUAAUUUCUUUCUUCUUUGCAAUAAUUUCCCACGCAGGCGUCAUUUGUAUUCGUAAAUAGUAUUUUUUCCUAUCGAAAUAUACUGAUAUUUUAACGUUCAAACAUGAAGAAAGUUAUAUUUUUAUGUUUGUUAUCACUCUCCGUGUGCUUGAGCAAACCAGCUGAAAACCAAGCUGCACCCACCCUACCGCCAGCAACUGCUAAAGCCCCAAAUACUACAGACCCAUCACACCCAGCUCAAGUUAUCACGGAAACCCAACCCGCUCCAAACAAAGAACAGUCGCCAGCAAUUUCAGAACCGGGGAAAGCAGCUGCAGCUAGCACAAAUCAAAACUCUCCAACUACUCCGAAAGAGACAGCUGUAUCUCCAACUAAAGAAACACCUGUAAAAGAAUCCCCUAAACCUACAGAUGAUAACAAAACCCAAAAUAAAGAAGAAGAAAAGACAGAGGCACCAAAACCCAAAGAAGGUAUCACACCAACGAAAACUGCCAAUGAAACUUCUGUAGUACCUACGGAGAAGGCAAGCAAAACAAGCACAGAUAAAAGUGACGAGGGAAAGGCCAAAGAAGAGACCAAGCCAGCAAAGGAUGUAACCGCUAAACCAACUGAAUCACCUAAAACUACUGAAGCCCCAAAAUCUGAUAAGGACGCACAUAUUGUGCAAUCUGGAGGAUUUAGUGGUCCCAGCUUCAUCGGUGGCAUCAUACUGACUCUCGGCCUUCUUGCAAUUGGAUUCAUGGGAUUCAAAUACUACAAGAAUCAAACCGAGAGAAACUACCACACUCUCUAAAUUUAUAAAACUAAUUAUUAUUAUCUAUGUAAGUGCACCAAGCUAUGUAUAUUUUUAUUUUUUUAAAUACUAAGUAGUUUUAAAUACUAACAUUUUGUUAUACAGGAAGAAUUUUAUAUUAAGAAGUUUAAUUUUGUGCACUUUACAUUCAUAAUUUUCUUUGGUAUUUCAUCCAAAAAAAAAAACUGAUUCAACAGGGUCCCUGUAGUCUCAAUUUCUAACUGUACCUCUACGUCUUAAAUUUUUACGGUGAAUGGUCACUUAUUUUUAUUUUCGAAUUUAUAGCGUAAAUAAUAUAUUUUAUGACUCACAUAAUGUUAUAGAUUAUAAGGAAUAAGUCUUUUAGUUAUUGGCAUUUAUCUCAGCCUUUCUUUGUUUUAAACUAAGCUAUCUUUGUGUAAUGUGUAUAUAUGUGUAAUUCGAUGUUUUAACACUAAAUCUUUGUCAUGAGUUGGCUUGCCGUUGCUAAUUAUUAAUGAUAUAAGUAGUAAAUGUUAUAAAAAAAACUAUUUACAGUAAAAAAAAAAAAGUUGUUUAUCACCUGUUUUGAGAUUUAAAGUUUAUAACUUUUUCAAGUGCAAUUUAGUGUAAGCAUUUAAAUUUUAUUUUACAUACUGUGCCAUGGCUUGGUUCUCAACUUUUAUAAUACGGUAAUAUCUCCUAGUUAAGCUGGUAUGUUUACGUUAAAGGAGAAUGCCGGAUGUAGAAGGUGCCUUCUUAGAAUUUAUCUAAUUUUGAAGGGUUUAAUAAUUACAAUACAUUACCAAAAACAUCAAAACUCUUGAUGUUACUGUUCACAAUAUAUUAGAACCACUAAUCUAUUUAAUUUAAAGGGCUUGGGAUUUGAGAGGUUUUUUUUAAAAUUAAAACUUAAUUUUUGAUACCAAUUUGAAUGAGGCACCAAACGAAACCGUGUUCGUAUUAUGCUAUAUUCACCUUUGCAUUGGUAAGGUAUUAACAGUUGUCAGUGGCUGUUGCCCAUAACGCAUAUGACGGAAAAAUCCUGCCUUCUACAUUCGACGUGAAGUAUUAGUUACCUAUCCCAGGGUUAAGACAGAAAGUCGCAAUUAAACGGUUAAUUCUACGCGUAUUUAUGAGCUGGCACAGGAUUUUUGUAACUCGGGAUAUUACUGUAUAAAAUAGAUUCACGAGUAAAAUGUAUCCACACCAAAAGUAUUUAGUUUUAAGCAAAUCGAAUAUUAACUCGUAAGGAAAACAUUGUGAUGGUAAAAGUAAGGGGGCUAAUGAUUUUUUUUCUCUUUAAAUAAUAUUGGUUGGGCACAAACACUCAUUCUCGAAUCUCCCCUGUAUAUAGUUUUACUAAAAGCAGAACAUCACUUAGUGCUUUUUUUAUUUAGCAAUAUUUAAUAUCCGGUCUCAGCCAAAGUGAUAAAUUAUUAGGCGUUAUACCCAGUUCAGAAACCAGAUUAUCUAGAUUAAAUUAUUAACAAUAAGAUUAAGCAAUGUUGCCCAAAAUAUUUAUUGUAGCGUUUAUGUAUAAUCGCUUGACAUUAUACUUAUACAGUUAGACCUAUAUUAUAAAGACUGGUGUUUAAGUUAUAUUGAGUUUUUUUGUUAAUUUGAAAAUAACAUUGCUUUUAUGAAUAAUAACUAGUCAAAUUGAUGUAUUAUUUCAACUAGGGCAGCUAUCAUACAACCUCACGUACCUAUUUAUGGCUAGCAAAUAUGUUGAAAGUAUAAUGCUAAUUUAUCACUGUCUGACAAAUCAAUCUUUUGAGAAUCUCUUCGCUUUUUAUUCUUAUAAUGCUUGUGCCGAACCAAUUUAGCAUGUUUUAAUUUGAUGGUUUUGUAAACUUCGUAAAGUUGAUUCCAUCCUAAAGUGCUCUUAAAUCAGAACUAUUUACUAUUAAUUCAAUAGUUACGUUACUCAUGUCACAGGCAAUAGUUGUGUUAAUAAAGUAUAUGUACCAGAA